ACCACUUAGCCCAGUCUCUUUCACCUCCAAACAUGGCUGCAGCGGUUUAGGGGGGCGCCGCACCUGCACAGACCCAGUGGGGUGCCAUCAAAAGACAACAUCACAUCACAAGGAAGAAAUAGGUGGUUUCAGCUUGAAGGAAGGGGGGAAGACGGCCUUGUGAAAAAUCUUUAGAAAAACCCUGUAAACUCUGGAAACGGAUUAUUAUCUCUUUCAUCCUUAUUUCGUUUUCAUCUUUUUUUCCUCUUUAACUUUCUGCUGUGGUCUCCACACCAAUUUGGAUUACAAGGAAUCUUUUCGGCACAAUUUCGCCAACCGAGUGAAAGAAUUUGGAUUAUCCUCUGAGGUCGACUGCGUCCUUCAACGUCUCAAGGAUCUACCUGCUUAUCCGCUCCACCUGGAACAACUUAGAUGAGCUCAACCUGCUUAUAACACACCAAGCAAAAGGCUUGCACCAACAACUGAUCACUCCAGCUGCAAAGUUGUAAGCCAUGGCGCUGCUGAAGAUGAAGUUCAGCCAGCAGAGGCGGGUGCGUCUGGCCCAGGGCCUCUGGCUGCUCUCCUGGCUGGCAGUGACGUGUGGGUCCUUCAUCUUUUGUCUGGGGGUUUAUCUCAAGAUCGAGCUGCUUCGUAGAGACGAGGUGAUGGAGAACACAGAGAUCCAUGUAGUACCAAACCUCCUAAUGUUGGUCGGCCUGGCCUCGGUUGGAGCCAACUGGGUUGCCAGUCGGGUGUGCCAGGACUCUCUGGAUGCCAGUCGCUUCCCCCGCUGGAAGAUCCUCCUGCUGGGCUGGUAUGCUGUGGCCGCGCUGCUGUGCUGCCUGCUCCUCACUGUGGUCGUCCUCAGUUAUGCCCUGCAGGGGAGGCUGGAAGAGUCGCUGAAGGUGGGCCUGAGGAACGGCAUCCGGUUCUACAAGGAUACGGACGUCCCGGGCCGCUGCUUCCAAAAGGAGACCAUUGAUCGUCUGCAGAUGGAGUUUCGCUGCUGUGGAAACAACAACUUCAAGGACUGGUUCGAGGUUCAGUGGGUCAGCAACCGAUACCUGGAUUUCACUUCUCAGGAAGUCAAGGAUCGUAUACGGAGUAACGUCGAUGGCCGCUACCUGUUAGAUGGCGUUCCUUUCAGCUGCUGCAACCCUGCCUCCCCUCGGCCUUGCCUGCAGAACCAGCUGACAGAUAGCAGAGCCCACUACAACUAUGAAUACCAAUCAGAGGAGCUCAACCUGUACAGCCGCGGCUGCAGGCAGGCUUUAACUGACUACUACAUGGGUUUGAUGAACUCCACCGGACCUGGUGUGCUUUCAGUCAUCCUAAUUCAGCUGUCUGUGCUCCUGAGCAUGCGUUACCUGCAGACAGCCGUGGAAGGAGCAAUGGCCCUGGAGUCUCCAGAGGGUGAAAGUGAGGGUUACAUCCUGGAGAAGGACGUGAAGGCAACCUACGAGGACAUCAAAGCCAAGGCUCUCGACCUCCUAAAGUUUGCCCAAGUCGAUCCGGCUUCCGAAGCCACAGGGGCUGAAGAGGGGGAGAAAGCAGCUGGAGCCACGGAGAAGGCUGCCACGCCACCUCCGGCCAGCUAGAACAAGGAAAACAAAAAAGAUAUAAAAUGAGCUGAGGAGGAUGGGAGGCUGAGUGGGUUUCUGUGUUUUAUUUAUUCAUUUAUAUUUUUGGUUGUGUGACUUGGAUGGUAGCAGGAAGGACACCUGUUGGGUUUUGAGACCCAACAGGUGUCUUGAUUUGUGCUCCAUCUAUGAAGCAGCCACAGCUCCAAUGAACAUGACCAGAACAGGAAAACACAAAGGAAAAAUAAAUCUUCUCUGUGCAGGACUCCAUGAACCAUCAGAGAAUCCGCUCACGAGGUUGUGUAGUACUUUUUGUUUCUUUUCGUUUUUCUAGAAGACAUUCAAAAUUUAUUCAGGUGUAGCAUAAACACAGAAAAACAUACCUGGCAUGUUUUGAGUCAAAUUUGGGAAAGUUAAACUCAGGAAGCUAAGUUUUAUCCCAUGUGCACUGUAUUAUUCAUCUCUCCGCUGUAGUGUUUGUACUGAACUGCAAUGAAAUGUUUAGGCACUUGUUAAACUGGCACAUGAAUAUUAAAUUAAAGGUAGACAUUUUUAACUGC